CACUCCCUAGUUCUAUGGCUAAUUUUGUGUAAUUUCUUUGGACAAUAUUAUUUUACAUCUCUCAUAAGUAAUUUUUUCACAAGAAGGGAAAAAAAAUAAAGGAAAGCUAACCUUAAAUUCAAGAAAUAUGUCGAAGAGAGAAGAGAAACAAGAGUUGCCACUAGAAACAAGUCCAUACACAAAGUACGAAGAUAUAGAAGAUUACAAGAAGAAUGCUUAUGGGACUUCUGGUCACCAAGAAGUUAAGCCAGGCCAAGGCGGCGGCACAACCGACGCACUGACCCUCUCCGGUAGUGGUGCACCCUCUGCCGUAGAUUCCGCUAAUCAACAACAAGCUAAGAAGUGAACCACUCAUUAUUCAUAAAAUUAAUCAAAUAUCAAAACAAUAUAUUUCUCUUGCAUCUAUUUUAAUUAAUGAAACUCUCCCAUUGUGACUGAUGAUUUAUUUGACGCUUUGUGAUAAUUGACUUGUUUUUGUUUUGUCUCCUCCUCUAAUCCAUGGUUAUGAUCCAG